UCACUAAACCCCGCCCUCCUUCAAAAAAAGAACUAUGCGUUUCCUACUUUUGUACUUUCUGUAUGUUUGAUUUGCACAGCUCAGCUGGCCAGAGGAGCUGAGACAUCUGUUCCCCUACAAGAAACUCUCCCCGGGUUGAGCAAGAUGGAAUAUCAAGUGUCAAGUCCACUCUAUGACGUUGAUUAUGGAAUGGCAGAGCCCUGCCAGAAAAGCAACGUGAAGCAAAUCGCAGCCCAGCUCCUGCCUCCGCUCUACUCACUGGUGUUCAUCUUCGGUCUUGUGGGCAACAUGCUGGUCGUCCUCGUCCUGAUAUACUGCAAAAAGCUCAGGAGCCUGACUGACAUCUACCUGCUCAACCUGGCCAUCUCUGACCUGCUUUUCCUUCUCACCGUCCCUUUCUGGGCUCACUACGCUGCAUCCCAGUGGGACUUUGGAAAUACAAUGUGCCAACUUCUGACAGGGUUCUAUUUUAUAGGCUUCUUCUCGGGAGUUUUCUUCAUCAUCCUCCUGACAAUUGAUAGGUACCUGGCUAUCGUCCAUGCUGUGUUUGCUUUGAAAGCCAGGACGGUCACCUUUGGGGUGGUGACAAGUGGGGUCACCUGGAUGGUGGCCGUGUUAGCCUCCCUCCCAGGAAUCAUCUUCACCAGAUCUCAAAAAGAAGGUCUUCGUUACACAUGCAGCCUGCAUUUUCCACACGAUCAGUUUCAGUUCUGGAAGAACUUCCAGACGUUAAAGAUGAUAAUCUUGGGGCUGGUCCUGCCCCUGCUCGUCAUGGUCAUCUGCUACUCGGGAAUCCUGAAAACCCUGCUUCGGUGUCGAAAUGAGAAGAAGAGGCACAAGGCCGUGAGGCUCAUCUUCGCCAUCAUGCUCGUCUACUUCCUCUUCUGGGCCCCCUACAACAUCGUCCUUUUCCUGAGCACCUUCCAGGCGUCCCUUGGCCUGGACAAGUGCAGUAUCUCUAAUAGGCUGGACCAAGCCAUGCAAGUGACAGAGACGCUUGGGAUGACACACUGCUGCAUCAACCCUGUCAUCUACGCCUUCGUUGGGGAGAAGUUCAGAAAUUACCUCUUAGUCUUCUUCCAAAAGCAUGUUGCCAAACCCUUCUGCAAGUGCUGCCCAGCCUUCCAGCGAGAGGCUCCUGAGCGAGUAAGCUCAGUUUAUACCCGAUCCACUGGGGAGCAGGAAAUAUCUGUUGGUUUGUGACCUGGACUCAAGUUGGCUUAUGGCCUGUACUGAGUUGUGCACAGGACUCAGUUUUUAUACACAUCCUAGGUCGGGAGAGUUUCUUUUAAAAAGGAAGUUACUGUCCUACAGGUUCUAAGAUCCAUCCGUCUAUCUGGCAUCUGUGUUAAGUAGAUCUUUUAAGCCCAUCAGUUCUAGAAAGCCAAAUCAGAAUAUGUUGGAGAGAUAGUAACCUUUUCAUCUCCCCUUCACAUACCUCAAGUUAGUGGCAAACUCUCCCUUCACUGCAAAAUUUCACUAUUAAAAAAAAAAAAAAGUCUUUAGAGAAUUGCUGACUUUCAAGUCUGGUUAUCUGGACAGAAAAAAACAAAAUUAAAUGAGAAAUGUACAGCAAGGCAACAAACAAGUUGUAAAUGUGCUUAAAACAGGUCUUUUGUCUUCUCCCUGUGGGAGAAAAGACAUGAAUGUGAUUGGCUAAGAAAUGGCAGCUUUCCCUUGUAAUUCCCCCUCCAAGUUAUGUCGAAUGAGUUCCACAGACUUUCCAGACCAUGGCCUGGGAGAGCUGGGGAAGCUCCUUAAAUGAGAAGGGAUUUGAGUUGAGUCACGUGCUGGUGAAGGAGAACGAAGUGUGCUCGGGCUUCAGGCACCAAAUGGGCCAAGCAUGGCUGUGGGAAGACACGGGCUGUUGUGGGAGACCCUGGGGUGGGGGGAGGACGUGGCUAGAUCAUGAGGAGACUUGACCAGCAACAACCCUCAGGCGAGGGUGAGGAUGGCCCUCACUGAGCUCAGGGACCGAGGAUGGGAAGGAGGGAGGUAUUCAUGCAGCACAUUUAGGACACAGAGUCAGCAGAACCUGGGGAUCAGGGGCAUGAGGGUUGAAGGUGAGGGGCAGAGAGGCGGCAGAGAGAACUCCUAGGCUUCCAGCAGGUUGUGGAAUCCCUUAAAGAGACAUGAAGCACUAGAGGAGAGGGAGAGCUUUAGGGGAAGAAGAGGUGUUGACAUAAGAGGAUGAGCUGCUUUUCCGAGCUUGACAGCCUUACACAGAGAGACUUCUGCUGUCUUUCUCUGAAUGGUUCUGUCUUCAUGGUAGUUCUUUUCAUCCCAGCUUGAGUAACAAGGGAUCACCAGGAAACUUCAAAAUGCUAGAUUUAUGAAUACAUGAGUUGGAGGUAAAGGAGCAUAUUUCAGAUCACACAAGAGAUCUAAGUGAGGACUGAUUACACAGUCAGUUAAAAUCCAGAGUUUCAAUAAGCAUUGAGCAAAGAGGCCCCAAGCAGGCAAGGGAAACCAGAAAGACUAACCUUCCACCUGCCCAGGGCACGUCACUGUGGGUUUUCUGUAUUCAACUAAUCAAUAGGCAAAGGGGAGAGGGAACACAGUCAUUUGGAAACAAGCUGCCUUGAGCUUUAAAACCCAGAAAAAGUACAAUUUACCAACCUCCACAUUUCAGGUCGAGUGUGGGGGCUUUAGCCACUCUUUCUAGAUGUCUUCUCUAGACACACCAUACCUCCUAAACAC